AUGAGUUCCGACAAGAAUAGCUUGGUUGUACACAAUCACGUGAUCGAUGGUUCCAGCUCGGAAGAGAUCUCAACCUCGGUCAUAAAGGAGAAGACGCAGAAGAAAUGGACCAGUUAUAUAUGGGAUUCCUUAGAUAAAUCACCUGAAGAAAGGAAAUUCUUAUUUAAGCUCGACUUGGCUGUUUUGACGUUUGCUUCUCUGGGAUACUUCAUAAAGAACCUAGACCAACAAAACAUCAAUAACGCAUUUGUCUCGGGCAUGAAGGAGGACCUAGGAUUGUACGGAAAUCAACUCAACUACAUGGCUGCCAGUUGGACAGUGGGAUAUGUAAUUGGGGAGAUUCCUAGUAACAUCUUACUCACUCGAGUACGACCUUCUAUUUGGAUUCCUACGAUUGAAGUGAUCUGGACAAUCUUAACAAUGUGUAUGUCGCGCUGCAAUAACGCAUCGCAGAUAUAUGCGUUGCGGUUUCUGAUUGGUUUGGCUGAAAGUGGUUUCUAUCCGGGGAUGCAGUAUAUCAUCGGAUCGUGGUAUAGAAAAGACGAGUUGGCGAAAAGAUCGUGCAUAUUUCAUGCUACAGGUGCUCUUGGAUCGAUGUUUUCCGGAUACUUGAUGGCUUCUGCAUACCAUCUCGGUGGUAAGGGCGGUCUGAAGGGUUGGCAAUGGCUUUUCAUAAUUGACGGAGUUAUUUCCCUCCCCAUCGCCAUAGCAGGAUAUUUCAUACUCCCAGAUGUCCCAGAGAUUGCUAGAGCGUGGUACUUUUCCAAAGAGGAAUUGGAUUAUGGUAAGAAACGCAUGCAAUUGGAAGGUCGGGAGCAGAGAAAGCCGUAUACCAGAGCAAAGAUAACGAAAAUUUUCUCAUCGUGGCACAUCUAUGUCCUCACACUCUUAUAUGUAACUUUCAAUAACGGAGCGAGCGGCGCGGCACCAGUUUUUGCCCAAUUUCUAAAGGACUCGAAAACGCCAAAGUACACCCCUAGUCAAAUAAACAUAUAUCCGACAGGUACUUCGGCGGUACAAAUUGUGACAACACUUGCGUAUGCAUGGACUUCAGACACUAUCUUGAAUGGGGAACGCUGGCCACCUAUUAUUUUUGGGGGCGCUAUAAACAUCAUAUGUUACGUUUCUCUCGCGAUAUGGGACAUACCAGUUGGAUGGAAAUGGGCCUGUUAUUAUCUCAUGGGCUCCGGAUAUGGCCUAUCUGGCCUUUGUAUGGCAUGGGCGCAUGAAAUCUGCAAUGAAGAUAAUGAAGAAAGGGCGAUAGUCAUUGCAACCAUGAAUGAGAUGGCUUAUGUUAUUCAAGCUUGGUUACCAUUAAUCGUUUGGCAGCAAGUCGACGCCCCGCAGUAUCGAAAAGGGUUCAUCACCAUCAGUGUGCUUUCUUUCCUCCUUAUCCUAACGGCCUUUGCGAUCCGAAUUUUGUGGAAGCGGGAGAAACUCCAGAAGGCCAGAGCGAAGACGGUCGAGUCAUCAACACACAAUGCAAACGAUGAGAACCAAACCGAAGCUGGAUCGGAUGCAAGUAAGGCUGCUGUAGAUCUGGAUGUUCGAGAAGGCAGUUCGAUAAGUGUAUAG